AUGUCAUCAAAUCAACUUCAUCAUCAUCAUCAACAACAUCUUCAAGGGAAUGGUGUCACAAAACAAAAAAGAUCUGCUAAUAAACAAGAUUCAGCGCGGAAGAGAUCAAAUACAAGACCCUGUGAUGGUUGUGCUGUAAGAAGAGUCCGUUGUGAUUUGGCUACAAGUUCCUUUGGAAGCUGUACCAAUUGUAUCAAUCAUAACAUGGAGUGUACAAAUAUCAGAGUUCGUCAUAAGUCAGGACCAAAGAAAAUACAACAGAAGACGAGAGAGAAUAUCGUUAAAUUUCUUUCUGCAAAUGGUGGUAGUGUUACAGGUCAUUUGGGAACUCCACAAUAUAGUCCAUCUACACCAUCAAUGUCUAGUACUCCAAGUUUCAAAAAUCAUUUAGGGAUCUAUAAUAACUCAAUUACAAGAGAACCAACUUGCAAUAUACCCUUAAACAAUUUGUUACCUUAUUUGCAAGUUUAUCAAACUUGGUAUUAUGGACUAUGGCCUGUAUUAUCGGUUGCUCAUUUGAUUUCUAAACUCACAGAUAACAAUUGUCAAACUGCAUCAGAUGGAUGUAUUGUGCUUAAUGAAGAAAAUGCAUCAUAUUACGCUUUAUCAUGUGCUGUUUGUGCUGCAAUAGGUGUACAAAUUAAGUUUUUAAAGUCAACUGGUGGUGUUAUCAAAGUUGAAAAUACAUUGCAAGAUGAUGAAUAUGCCAAAGAAGCCAGAAGAGUGAGAUUUUUAUUUGAGGAUAAAAUAGAUAGCACAACUGAAUCACUUUUGACAAGUUUCUUCUUGCAUAUGUAUUAUGGAAAUAUUGAAGGUGGUACUAGGAAAGGCAUUGUUUACCUUAGAGAAGCGGUUUCAUUAGCUCAAAUUUUAAGCUUACAUGAUCCGGAAUCUUACAUUGGAAAAUUACCUGCUGAAGUACACAGAUGUAAAAAGAUUUAUUACAUGUUACUUGUCACUGAGAGAUAUGUUUGUCUUCAUGAAAAUUUGCCUAUUUUGCUCGAACCAACGAUCGAGAUUCCUUCAUUGCAUGAUGAAGAAUAUCCUGAGUUGUUGUCAGGUUUCACUGAAAUUGUUGAAGUUUUUUCUUCUACAGGUAAACAGUUCUUUCAAGAAGUUGGUCGUAAAUUAUUAUUGAGAAAUUCUAGUGGUUCAUCGAGUGAAAGUUCACCUGAUAGUGAAAAUGGUUUCAAUAACAUGUUUGGAACAGAUUUAUCAAUAUUUCAAGAUUUAUUACAAAAUCAACCAACCGAGCAAAAGAGAGAAACAAUUGGUCAGAUGCAACUGAAAUUAGAUAGUAAAAGGCAUAAAUCAAACAAAACUAAGAAUGAAUCACAAAAAUUAAAUAUAAUCUUAUCUAAAUCGUGGUUACAGAGUCUUGGUUGGUUAAUUGCAAAAGAAAAUUUUAUCAUCAAUAAGAAUGACCAUAGUGAAUCAUCAUGUUUUAGUUUUAAGUUCCCUAUGAAAAUUGCACAAGAAUUUCUAGAAGAAACGAAAGACUUGCCAGAUUUCGCAUUUGAAUCCAAUGGUGCUCCUGGUGUUUGCAAUAAGCUAUUAGAGAUUGCAGAUUCUCUAUAUGGUGUUACAAUGCUAGCAACAUCACGUACUGACUCUACAAGAGCAUUUGAUCAAAUGAGUACAGUAUAUGGAAUAUUCAUGAAACAUAAGACUCCUGAUAUCCAUAUCAUACCAGCCUUGUAUCAUAAAAUUGGAACAAUGAUUGAAUCAAAGAGACUGACUUAUAGACAACCAGAUCCAAUUGAAAUUUCAUUACCAGGUGAUGAAGUCAUUGAGCAAUCAGUACAACAAAUUGACGAAGGUUAUCACUCUAUUACUGGUUUUGAUGCUUCUGAUGAAAUUCCUGAUAGGAAUAUGCUAUCACCAUUUUCACAAUUCAGUAUGUACUAUUCAAUUCCUACUGGUAAUAUAACAGAUCAAAGUUUUGGCCAGAUUACUGAACUGCCUUAA